AUGCUGUCUCGGCUUUGUUCCUUUCUCUCUACACGGUUUGUGAAUGCUAUGUACAUUCCCAUCCCCGCUCUUACGCUUUCAACAACUCUCCGAGAAAAGCAAGGGAAGCUGCUUUUUGAAACAUCCAAGGCACCACUUUGCCUUUACUCUGCCUCUUAUGACCUUACUUGGAAAAGACCAGGAUGUCUUAUCAUUCAGCACAAUUAUUUGGAGAAUCCUCAUCCAAACACAACCCCGUUUGUUAUGUGUGAUAAGAGGUGCAGCCCAGCAACAGGAAGUGUGCUGUUUGAACCUUAUUCACGACUAGUCCCUGCAGCAGAACAGUGUGUUGUUUUUCCACCGAUAGGCACCAUGGCUAGCCAGCUGUUCCUCAUUCUGAUUCUCACUUCUCUGUCAAGUUUCCUGAAGGCAGAAAGAAAUGUUUUUCUACAGGAUAAAAAGGCAAACAAUUUUUUGGAACGAGUAAAGCGGGCCAAUUCUCCUUUUGAGGAGUUUAGGCAGGGAAACAUUGAAAGGGAGUGCAUGGAAGAGCGAUGCUCAAAGGAAGAAGCCAGAGAAGCCUUUGAAAACCAAGAGAAAACUGAGGAGUUCUGGAAUGUGUAUGUAGAUGGGGAUCAGUGUGCCUCAAACCCUUGCCAUGACCGUGGAACGUGCAAAGAUGGCAUUAAUAAAUAUACCUGCACAUGUUUGGAUGGCUAUGAUGGGCCGAACUGUGAUAGUGUCAUACAAAGAUCCUGCAAAGUGCAGAAUGGUGGCUGUAAGCAGUUCUGCAAGCUUGUAGAAAACAAUAUUGAAUGCUUUUGUGCCAAUGGAUAUAUUCUGGAAAACAAUGGACAAUCCUGCAUUCCUACAGUUCCAUAUCCAUGUGGUCGGAUUCAGAAAAAGAAGGUGGCAAAGAGAGAGGCAAGUUAUUUAGAAGAGUUGGAUUAUAAUGACACACAGAUUUUCCCAAGCCCUGAUCCCCAAGAUGAAGAGCCAUUGUAUGGGGUCGAAGAAGAUCCUGACGAGGACCGUGGUGUCAGAAUAGUUAACGGAGAGGAUUGUAAACUGGGCCAGUGUCCUUGGCAGGCACUUCUGAUAGAUGAUGCAGGAGAAGGGUUUUGUGGAGGCACCAUUCUGAGCCCAAUGUAUGUGCUUACCGCGGCUCAUUGUAUAAAUCAGACAAAAACGCUGAAAGUUGUUGUUGGGGAAGUGAACACAACAGUGAGUGCAAGAACAGGGACUGUUCAUACAGUGGAGAAGAUAUACGUACAUCAAAAAUUUGUUUUGGCAACCUAUGAUUACGAUAUAGCCCUCAUUCAGCUGAAGACCCCUAUCCAGUUUUCCGAAAACGUGAUCCCUGCGUGCCUUCCCACUGUCGACUUUGCAAAUCAAGUCCUGAUGAGAGCAGGAAAGGGUAUGAUCAGUGGCUUUGGCCGCCUCCACGAAAGAGGCCGAGUAUCCGCCACGCUCAAAAAAAUUGAUGUCCCCUAUGUUGAGAGGCAUAUCUGCAAGCUGUCCAGCAAUUUCCCGAUCACUGAAAAUAUGUUCUGUGCUGGUUACCAUACCGUAGCCCAAGAUGCAUGUCAGGGAGACAGUGGAGGACCACAUGUCACUCAAUACUGGGACACUUAUUUUGUGACUGGUGUAAUCAGCUGGGGGGAAGGGUGUGCAAGGGAGGGGAAAUAUGGGAUUUAUACCAAGGUGUCGAGAUUCAUAGGUUGGCUGAGGAGAAUAAUGCGUCCAAAGCUGUAACACGGUGGAGCGUUGAGAGGGCAACCAUUGUCUCCCUGAUCAUGGUUUAUUGUCGUGUUUCACGCAGGCAUUUCCACGGGUGAAUUAAAUAGGUCACUUUGCCUAGGACUUAAACCAGCCUCUGCCAACCAGGAUUAUUUUUGGACUAUAACUCCCAUCAGCCUCAGCCAGCACAGCUAUGCUGGUUGACGUUGAUGGGAGUUGUAGUACAAAACAUCCCUUGGGCACCAUCUUAGUAAGGGAUGACUUACACUAUGUUACUUUAAUGGCCUCUUCAUUUCAAAAGCCUUGUUCAGGUGUUCUUCCAGAACAAGAAAGAUCAAUAUAGUAUGUAGUUUUGCCUAAUGCAAUGCAUUCUUGUAUGUUAUUUUCAUUUAUAUGUACUCUGUGCCCACCUAGUACAUGCAUUCUUGUGCACAUUUACUUGUCUGAAGAACUGGAUUGCAAAAUUCGGAGAAGUGCAAGUUUUGAAGGAUGUUUUGCUUCAUGUAUUCUUUAUAGAAGCACAAAUUCCAUGUUAGCCUUUAAAUGCUAACUGAACUGAAUUUCUUCCCCCAUCCCUAUAAUGCCAUAAUAAAAGAAAGUGUUAACGUU